UUUGUCAGCCCAGUCAGGGGUUUGCUAUAAAAGCCCGAGCUGCCUGCUGCACUUUCUGCUCUGCUGACCUGGAGACCCCGCCGUCCAAGAUGCAGACUCUCCUCCUCGUGGCGCUGCUCGGAUGCCUCGCCGCCGUGCUCGCGGCCCCUGGCACCCAGGUGAAAUGGUGCGUCAAGUCGGACAAAGAGUAUGAGAAAUGUAGGGCCCUGGCAGGCGUAGCUCCUGCGUUCACCUGUAUCAAGAGGGAGAACACCAUCGACUGCAUCACGGCCAUUAAGUCUGGUGAGGCUGAUGCCAUCACUUUGGACGGAGGGGACAUCUACACUGCUGGACUGAACAACUACAACCUGCACCCCAUUAUUGCUGAGGACUACGGUCCCUCUUCAGAGACCUGUUACUACGCCGUUGCUGUGGUGAAGAAGGGCUCCGGAUUCAAGUUCAGUGAGCUCCAGGGGAAGAAAUCCUGCCACACUGGGUUGGGGAAAUCUGCAGGCUGGAACAUUCCCAUAGGAACUCUGGUGUCCAUGAAUUUGCUUCCAUGGUCAGGCGUUGAAGACAAACCUGUGGAGGAGGCGGUGAGUGACUUCUUCAUGGCCAGCUGUGCCCCAGGGGCAACAAAGGGCAGCAAACUGUGUCAGCUGUGCAGUGGAGACUGCUCCAGGUCCCACAACGAGCCUUACUAUGACUACGGCGGCGCCUACCAGUGUCUGAAGGACGGCGUUGGAGAAGUGGCUUUUGUGAAGCAUCUCACUGUACCUGAUGCCGAUAAGGCCGACUACGAGCUGCUGUGCAAGGAUGACACCAGAGCGCCCAUCGACAACUACGCAAGCUGCCACCUGGCCAAAGUACCAGCUCAUGCUGUUGUCACCCGCAACGAUCCACAGCUGGCCGAAUUAAUCUGGAACAGCCUCAACUCAGUACAGGGCUUUGAUCUCUUCUCCUCUGCUGCUUAUCCAAACUCCAAAAACCUGAUGUUCAAAGACUCAACAGUGAAGCUGGUGCAGCUGCCCCCAAACACAGAUUCCUUCCUGUAUUUGGGUGCUGAAUACAUGAGCAUCGUCCGUUCCCUUAAGAAAGAGCCCACUGGCACUACAUCCACCGCCAUUAAAUGGUGUGCUGUGGGCAAAGCUGAGACGGACAAGUGUGACAUGUGGAGCAUCAACAGUAUCGCUGACGACGCCACCGCCAUUGAAUGCCAGAAUGCACAUACAGUUGAAGAGUGCAUGAAAAAGAUUAUGCGUAAAGAGGCUGAUGCAAUGGCAGUGGAUGGAGGACAGGUGUACACCGCUGGGAAGUGCGGUCUGGUUCCUGCUUUGGUGGAGCAGUACAAUGCCGAUCUGUGCAGCGCAUCUGGAGCCGUGGCCUCCUCUUACUAUGCUGUUGCUGUGGUGAAGAAGAAUUCAGGCGUGACCUGGGAAAACCUGCGGGGCAAGAGGUCUUGCCACACAGGCAUCGGCAGAACUGCUGGUUGGAACGUCCCCAUGGGCAUAAUCCACUCACAGACUAAUAACUGUAACUUCACUCAGUUCUUCAUUAGUGGCUGUGCCCCCGGAGCAGACCCCACCUCUUCAUUCUGUCAACAGUGUGCUGGCAGUGGCAAAGCCGUGGGAGAUGAGUCCAAGUGCAAAGCCAGUGCUGAAGAGCAGUACUACGGCUACGCUGGAGCCUUUAGGUGUCUUGUUGACGGUGCCGGCGAUGUUGCCUUCAUCAAACACACAAUCGUUGAAGAAAACAGUGGUGGCAAGAAUUCAGCAACAUGGGCUAGUGGUGUUAACGCUGACGACUACCAGCUGAUCUGCCCUGAAAAGGGUCCAGUGGCAGUCUCUGAUUACGUCAAUUGUCACUUGGCCGCCGUGCCCGCCCACGCUGUGGUGACUCGUCCAGAGAGCCGCAAUGAGGUUGUUCGCAUUCUCCUGGAGCAGCAGGUCAAGUUUGGCACCAAUGGCAACGAUCCCUCAUUCAAGAUGUUCCAGUCAGAUUCUGGAAAGAACCUCCUCUUCAAGGACUCCACUCAGUGUCUCCAGGAGGUUCCAGCUGGAACAAACUAUGAAGGGUUUUUGGGACAAGAGUACAUGACUUCCGUUAAUUCACUCAGAAAGUGCAGUGAAACCACCUCAGAUCUGGAGAAAUCUUGCACUUUCCAUUCCUGCCAGCAAAAAAACUAGUGGCAACCAUGGACCACGCGGUGCAUCAUUCAGCCUCCAAUGAUUCAAGCACCUUACCCACACUUCUCACACUCAACCCCAAAAUUGCAUUGUGCAUUUUCUUGCUGAUCCUUUUGUAGACCUGUUUUUAGAAGUACGACCAACAAGCAGAUACAUUGCACUACCACAACUUACAAAUCAAUCACCCUGUGACCAAUCACGCCCCCAUGUAGCUAUUUUCAUGCGGUUGAAACCUAAUGUUACGUUACCUUUGUUAUUGGAUCAACUAUGUUUUGUUAACAUGUGCCUGACUUUUCUCAAAUAAAGCCUUUUUAAUGCUC